AUGCUUUCUCAACCCCUCUCAUCCCCUCGCCAUGCUACCCCACAGGCACUAGAAGCAGCGCGGUCUCAUCCUGCCUUUGCCAAGUUCCUUCAACAGGCAAUCCUCUCAACCCCUCUUAACCCCUCUCGCCCCGGCUCCGUUUCUCGCUCCUACUCUUCCUCUUCUCUCGCCCCUCUCGCCCUUCCUGCCUGCUUUUCUCCCUCAAGUUGCACCUCACCUUAUCUCUUAUCUCUUUCUCAGCAGCCUCAAAAGUGCAAGGCCGACAUUUUCACGGGAGUGGUGGUGGUUGCCUUGGUCGUAUCUGCCAAUGAGGUCACGGCCGACAUUUUCACGGGAGUGGUGGUGGUUGCCUUGGUCGUGUCUGCCAAUGAGGUCACGGCAGACAUUUUCACGGGCGUGGCGGUGGUUGCCUUGGUCGUGUCUGCCAAUGAGGUCACGGCCGACAUUUUCACGGGAGUGGUGGUGGUUGCCUUGGUCGUGUCUGCCAAUGAGGUCACGGCCGACAUUUUCACGGGAGUAGCGGUGGUUGCCUUGGUCGUGUCUGCCAAUGAGGUCACGGCUGACAUUUUCACCGGCGUGGUGGUGGUUGUCUUGCUUGUGUCGGCCAUUCCCAGCACGGUCGACCGCGUCAUUUUCACGGGAGUGGUGGUGGUUGUCUUGGUCGUGUCAAGGAGCGCUGCCAUUUUCACGGGCGUCGUGGUGGUGGUUUUCUGGGUCGAGGAGGCCAUUAAGGUCGUGGUGGAUGCAGACAAUUUCACGGCGGUCGGGGUCGGGGAUAACGUUGUGGUGGUUGUCUUGGUCGGGGAUAACAUCAAGGUCGUGGUGGAUGCAGACAAUUUCACGGCGGUCGGGGUCGGGGAUAACGUUGUGGUGGUUGUCUUGGUCGGGGAUAACAUCAAGGUCGUGGUGGAUGCAGACAACUUCACGGCGGUCGGGGUCGGGGAUAACGUUGUGGUGGUUGUCUUGGUCGGGGAUAACAUCAAGGUCGUGGUGGAUGCAGACAACUUCACGGCGGUCGGGGUCGAGGUGGACACGGUUUUCGCCAAUUUCACGGCGGUCGGGGUGGUCACGGCGGAUUUCUCGAGGUUGUUCACAGUUCCCAGAAUGCGCCGCGAGGAGACGAAUGCCUUGGAUGCCGCUGCGCACAGAACAACGGAAGAAAUUAGGCCGAGUGGACUUCUGUAG